UGGGACAAGCUUUCCAUUCCUGCCGAUCUAGAUGGAACGUGGUACGGGGUGAUUUUCCGAUCAAAACGUCGACCCUUUGUCCACAAUAUCGGACUGUACGAAGCUGAUCGGCUAGCUCACGAAGAGGCAGUCUCGUCGGGCGGACUGAUGAUGUACUGGUACGGCACGCCGGACGCUCUGGGCAGCAACUUGGCCACGUGCGUGUGGACGAGUCGAGAAGCUGCGAAAGUGGCUAGCGCGCUGCCGCUCCACAAGAAAGCGGCUAGCAAGAGCUCCAAGGCGUAUGAGACGUUCGAGCUGGCUAGAUACAGGCUCGUCGCGAGAGAUGGC